UUGUUUAGUAAGUGUUACAAAUGUGUAGGAGCGUAUGUUGUAACUAUGAGUGCUGUAAUUGUGACGGAAAAGUGCAGAAUGUAUAUGAGCUGCACAAAAAUUAUUGAACGUGCUAAUGUAAAUGUUACUAUAUAAGGUGCUUGAGGUGCUUUUACAGACGAUUGUGGCACAGUGGUGAAGAUGCGACGGCGUUUAUUCCCGGCUUUUUUCGGCAUUUGUUCACAAAAUAUGACAGUAAAAGAAAUUAAGCAAUCCAUUGGAGUGUUACAGUCACAGACGUGGGUGCUGUAAAUUUAUAUUAUGCAUAGUGCUAAGAGUCAGGCUAAAUAUAUUGCGAAGUAUUUGCUGUGGAAACAUUUUAGUCUAAAGCUUUUGACACCUUGUAUGGCAUAAAUGAGUGUCAUUACGUCGGAAAAGACUAAAAAAACAUUGUGGAAUUUCUUUUUCCAUCCAGUGACUGUGCGUUUUUAAUUGACGAGUUCUCAUCCCACGCACAGGUGUGAGAAGUAAAGGUCCUUAAUAUAUGUGAAGAACGGCAGUGACGCAAGGACACUUCCAUGUGGCACACCAUUCUGGAUCAUCCCCAUGUUCAUUUGGUCAAAUUUCACAAAAUGAAUAAUGUUGAUGGAGUAAAAAAAGCCUAGAGUAUUUACAGUAUUUGUUAUUCAGUAAAUUGUGUAUUUUGGCUGAGAUUCCAAAAAACAAGCUGCCACAAUGGAUGAAUCAAAUGAUAUUUUGGUUUGUGCAUCUGAGUACAUUAAAGAUCGGUUAUAUUUUGUUACACUGCGUACUAAUGUGAAGCCGAGGUCAACUGUGAACACUCAUUAUUUCAGUAUAGAUGAGGAGCUUGUAUAUGAAAACUUUUACGCUGAUUUUGGGCCUCUGAAUUUGGCUAUGCUGUAUAGAUACUGCCAGAAAGUCAACAAGAAACUGAAAUCAUUUUCUCUGGCAAAGAAGAAGAUUGUUCAUUACACAACAAUGGAUGUCCAAAAGCGUGUCAAUGCUGCCUUCUUAAUUGCAUCAUAUGCGAUAAUUUAUUUGAAGAAGAAGCCCGAUGAGGCCUAUCGACCAUUGGUUGGUGGGAAUAAUCCUCCAUUCUUACCUUUCAGGGAUGCUUCAUUCGGGAUAGCAGUGUAUAAUAUCAGCCUUAUUGAGUGCUUGUGGGCAGUGUACAAAGCUUUUAGCAUGGGAUUUUUCAAUUUCGAAGAUUUUAAUGUGGAUGAAUAUGAGUACUAUGAGCGUGUUGAAAAUGGUGAUUUGAACUGGAUUGUGCCUCAAAAAUUUAUCGCUUUCUGUGGUCCUCAUGCAAAAACAAAAAUAGAAAACGGGUAUCCUCUCCAUUCACCAGAGACAUAUUUUGCAUACUUUCGUCAAAACAAUGUGAGCACAGUUGUGAGAUUGAAUAAGAAAAUUUAUGAUGCCUCUAGAUUUACUGAUGCCGGGUUUGAACACAAAGACCUAUUUUUCAUUGAUGGAAGCACACCAAGUGAUCAAAUAUUAAGGCAGUUUCUACACAUCUCAGAGAAUGCUUCCGGUGCUGUUGCUGUUCAUUGCAAAGCUGGAUUAGGUCGAACAGGAUCCCUUAUAGGCUGUUACAUCAUGAAACACUACAGAUUCACUGCCCACGAAACAAUUGCUUGGAUUAGAAUGUGUCGCCCAGGCUCUAUUAUUGGACACCAACAACAGUGGCUAGUGGAGAAGCAGACACAAAUGUGGAUGCAAGGAGAUACAUACCGACAACAAAAAAUGGAAAACAGUUUUCCUAAACAUGCAUAUGGCAUAUACAGUAUGAAAGGUGUAGCUGCUCAUUUACAGUGCACUCACAGUCCAGAAGUAAUUAAGAACAACAUAAAGCCACCUGAUAAUGUUUCCCGUAUUUUACAAAAGGUUGAUACAAUGAAACUGGAUGAUAAAGAAGAUGAAAAUAAAAAUGAAAGGUGUUGCAGACGGAGAACAAAAGUAAUGGAGGAUGCAACAAAUCAAAAUAAUGAGGAACCACCAUCUGAUAUCCCUCUAACACAAGGUGAUAAACUAAAUCAGAUAAAGGCAUUUCGGAGGCAUCCCAGAUCUGUAACUACUGGUGCUGUACACUUAGAAGAUGGAAGGCCACACACGAGAGCGAAAUCUCAGCCUUUGAGAAGUGGGCAGCCAGCCCAGUCUCAGGCAAUACUUUCGCCCUUAAAAGCAACUAAAGUCAGCACAGCUAUAGUGGUCUCUCACAACAAAGACAAAGAUGUUGUACCAUCAAAAAGGCCGUCAAGGACUCCUUCAUCAGUUACAAAAAGAAAUACCUGGCUUCUUAAUUCAAUGUACGGAUCAAAUCGAUCAUUGAAUAUAAGCAAGGUAAAUCUUGCUUCCCACCCCAUAAGACCAGUUACCCGUGCUGCUGCAAAGUCUACACCUGCAACAACCUCUAACCCUUCCUCCCCAGCAUCGAGCCUCGAUAUGACCGUACGCAGCGCGGACCGAGUUAGCAGAUUUCAUACUGUUCGUCAUGCUCGCAUCUCUUCUCCUCGAGCUUGUAAAACAUCCUUCAUGAGAUGACUAACCAGCAUAUCCAGGAAGAAGAGCCAGAUACCUAAUCACGUUCCAAGUAAAAGUAAGCAGAUUGUAAAGAUUAGAGAAGACAGCACUUGGCACGAACGUGCCAAACGCGCCUUGAGUUCCUCUGGAGAAAAACAGUCAUCACGUUCAACGAAAUCCGUUUGUCGUCCACCUGUUAAUACUGAAAAAUGUGGUUCCUUUGCACAUAUUGUGGUUCAGGUUCCUCAAAGUGAAAAUUUAGGUGAUACGUUAUUGGAUUGUAAUGUAGUAUGUGGUCUGAGUGUUUGCGAAGGACCAUUAAAAGCAGAAUGUGAAUCAGAUACUAAAAUUUUGAUGUAUUCUGUAAAAAAAUGAGCAGCUGCUUUUAAUUAAGCAAAAAACCUGAUCAUUUAGAUGUGCACUGGUCUGUACUUAUAGAGAUAAUUCGGUGUACACAUAAUUUUAAAAUAUUUUAGAUAUAAUGUAAUUUGUUUGUGCUCCAACCACCACACAUGUGGAAUUUUAUUGAAGUUUUAACGAAUCAGUAUUUUUUAUAUUGGACCUGUUUUAUGUUAUUGACCCUCCCUCCAUUCUCUCUCUCUCUCUCUCUCUCUCUCUCUCUCUCUCUCUCUCUCUCUCUGUGUGUGUGUGUGUGUGUGUGUGUGUGUGUGUGUGUGUGUGUGUGUGUGUGUGUGUGAGAGAGAGAGAGAGAGAGAGAGAGAGAGAGAGAGAGAGAGAGAGAGAGAGAGAGAGAACACAUGCGCUUGCUGUUCUGGCAAAAACAUGGGGGGUUGGAGUUAUUUUUUUAAAGGGACAAAUCUGGGAGGGAGCAAGUUCUGUGGUGUUCAUCUCACCAUCUGUGACAUCCCAUGAAAGUUCAGUAUUUUGGUACAUGUCCCUCCACCCAUUGCAACUAUACAUCUUCAGGUUUCUUAUCAUACUCUAGCCGCGUAAUUUCCUAUAUCCUUCUUAGACCCCUCUUCAUAUUUCCCUGCAUAGACGUUCCUGGAUGUAUUUGUUAUGUACAGGUUUGGUGUAAACAUAUUCUGAUACAUUUCAUUAUUUUUAUUGUUGAUUUAUCAGUGUUCUGCUACUUGCAGGGAAUUUUAAUAUCCUUGUAAGUAUUCUGUACAGCUUUUACCAGCCGCACUUUUGUUGCUUACAUAAGUUCCACGAGUUACUCUUCCACAAGGCCUACUUAUAUGUCUUCUUAAUAUGUACAUGACUGCAGCCAUUGUGGUUGUACUCAACUAUAAAUUUUCUUUUACCUGUUGUGAUGUAAUACUGUAAACUAAAUGAAACAUUUCAGCCACUGUUGACCUUCACUAGACAUGGUAAAGUGAAGUACUCUUACAAGUGAUAUCGAUUUUCAUUUGUUACUCCAGUAGUAGCAUGGAUUUUCAACUUUGUGUAUCUUUUUACUGUUCCUUCCCAUGUUCUUUGCAAUGUUACUUUAAAACUUUUUUAAAGUCUUUUGUAUUUUUGUGGUGCUCUACUGAUUCAUUCCGAAAAAAUUUUAUGUCCUCGAAUUGUGGUGGCUUUAUUUGUACUGCUUUUUUUUUUUGUAUAUCUGCUUAUUUUGAUUUAUUAGUUACUAAACACACUUAGUAAUUUUGUUAUUAUUUCAUCUACAAUUAGAUUAAGUCUUUUAUUUUCAUGAUUCCUUUGUUUUUUCAUUAUUACUCUAACUUUACUGUGUGUCCGUGCAUGUAAUGUUUCAGUUCUUUCUCCCAUUUAUUUUACAUCUGUGCUUUUCACUUCCAUUGGGGUUCCAUUUUAUCAUGCUACAAUUCAGCUACAACUACUUGUCUCAAUUUUUGCUUUAUUACUUUGCUGCAAAAAACAAAAAUAUAAUUUUUUAUGAGCAGUUUCAUCUUUGAGUUUAGUGCUUCAGUGUGAUAUUCUCCAUGCCACAAUUGAUCCCUUCUAAUAAUGUGAUCAUGUCAGUACCAGUGUAAUGGAAUUCAUUCUCCUGCGGUGAUCAGUUUAGCCUUCAUAUUUGUUCAACUAGACAAAAAUUUAGCCCCAAUGCAUAGUUUAAAUGAUUUGGUUAUCACUUUGUAUUUCUAUAUUGUGGUCUUCUGCUCCACUCAUGGAACCCCAUCCCUCUUUCUCAUACAACCUUUUAGCAAUAUCAUUUACCCCAAUUUCUGCCAUGUUUUUCAUUUCUUCAGUAGCUCAUUCAUAUAUAAUAUUAUAUAUUUUGUUGCAUAAUGUAUACGACUGUCAUAUCUUAUGUAUCUUCUUCAUCAUCAUUUUAAUGUCAAUUGAUGUAUUAUGUAAAUUGAAGGGAAAGGGGGAGAAAGGAAAGAAUCUCUCCUGAGUUUUUCCACUUUUUCCUGGUUUGUGUGUACAGUUCUGUUGGUACAUCCUUGUGUUUCACUUUCAUUUCUCAUUUUUCUUUCCCCAAAUAAAGCAUACUCCCCAUUUCAUCAAUUUAUGCUUUUUUAUAUAUCUCCCAACCCAUACCAAUUUUGCCUUUCAUAUAUGUUUCAUUCACAGUUGACAUUAUUUCUGUCUGUUCAUGUGUAACCUGACAGAGAUAGAAAGUUGUACAUCAAGCAUCUUCACAGGUUAUUUUGUAGUUCACAUAUCUUCCAUGCAACCUGUUUCUGGCUUGUAAGUGGACUAGAUUAUACACUAUUAUUUGUAGACAUUCUAUCUGUGUUUUGCUUCCAAGUACCUUAAAGCUUCUGUACAAUGAAGAAGUGCCACAGUUUGUGUCGAUCUCAUUUACAUGCAUCCUCCCGUGCUGCCCUUGACAGCCUCCUGUGACUUUCGGGAGAUGUAUUAGGUCAAGAGGGGCACUGUAUAUUUUAUGUGGUUUCAGUUAGAAAAUAUGUUGGAUGCUACCUUCAGUAGUAAAAAUAUUCUACUCUUGUUAUUGCUUUAAUCAAAUUAUUAAUAAUUUUACUUCCUGUUUAUUACCAUGUGGGUAUUUGACAGAAUAUAUUAAUCACUGUCAGGGUGACCCAAUAUAAAACUCAUCAUGGUCUUUGUUUUUGUUUUGGGUAAACAGUUUAGAAAAAAAAGAGGUCACUGAACAUCUUAAACUCACUAAUUAAACUCUCUAUUGAAUAUGUUUCACUUCAGUGGUGUUAUUAAUUCUUGCCAGAACCCUUUUUAGAAGCCUGAGUCAGAGGUCUGUUGAUUUAUUGUUAUAUUUCAGUACACUCAUUUUAUUAUUGACGAUUCAGAAAAAAGGUAAUAAGUUGACUGAUAUUAUAUUGGUAAAAGUAAGUAGGCAGCUAUUUUAAGUAGAAUGAAAAGUAUUAAAGUAUAUUUUUUUGAGUUUGAAAAGGAACACAAUGUGUGGAAAAAAUGUAGAGCUUUGUGAGAGUAUUUUGCAGUACAUACUGUACUUAAUUUGUUUCGCAAUGAGUUGUACAGGAUGAACCAAAAUUUGUGCCCUCGGACUGCAUACUAACAACAAAUAUGUGUGUAACAAAAUUUCAUCCCUUGCACUUUAGCAGCUGAAAAUGGAUCUCUGAGGAGGCAGUUUAAAUGGAAAAAUAUGCGUGGGCUGAAAUUUUGUUACAGACAUUUCUGUGCUGUUAGUGUCCAAGUAAUCACGCUAUUGCAUCAGGGUGCACAUAUUUUGGUUCACCAUGUAUAUCAGCUUAUUAACUUAAUUGUGUUUAGCCAAAGACACUCUGGAAAUGUUGAGAGCAGUACUGCUGAGGAGUAAUGGAUUCCGUAUGUAGCUGAACUUGAUAUUAGAUUGCAUCACAAUUAAAUGAAGAGGGAAAAAAAAGGUUAUUUGUCUGGUGACUUCCAUGCUUCAGCCUGAAAAUUUCAGUUCCCUUCAAUCUCCUCUCCCAGAUGAAGGAUUUUUAUGUACUAUUUGGUGGGCUGCAGCCUUUUAUGAUUUUUAACUAUAUGUAGGUGAAAUUUUAUUUUGAUUUAUUCUCUUUAUGUAUACAGAAUGCAGCCUUUUAUGAUUUUUAACUAUAUUUAGGUGAAAUUUUAUUUUGAUUUAUUCUCUUUAUGUAUACAGAAUGCAGCCUUUUAUGAUUUUUAACUAUAUUUAGGUGAAAUUUUAUUUUGAUUUAUUCUCUUUAUGUAUACAGAAUGUAUUGUUAUAAAUGGAGAUCUCUGUGUUUAUAUUUUUCAUUAUUGUUUUUCUGACAAGAUUUUUAUAACUUUUUUGUUACUGGGUCCUAAUACACUAAGUAUGUAUUUUUUUUACUUUAUCCCUUUUUUAUCAUUAGCUAUAAAAUAAUAAAUCACACUCAUUUGGGGCAAACUGUUAUACACCUAAUUUGACACCUUAGUAUUAUAAGCAAGUUGUUUUUCCUAUGGUAUAUAUUUGUAUUGUGUAUUCUAAACCACAAUACAAGAAAAGAAAAAGAGUGUAGAUUUUAAAACAUCUUAGAAAGAUCAGUAAAAAUCAGCUCUAGUUAUAGGUCAUGAUGGCAGUAUGUUAUUGCAGUGAGGAGAACAUAAGUUUUAAAUUCUGUGAAUCUUGGCAGUGAUGACAGCUCAUAGAUAUAAUUUUAUGUGCCAAAAACAGAAGCAAUGAUUAAGUCAUGACUAAUAUGACUUAUAAGUUUGUAAUUUUAUGCAGUUGUGGUCAGUGCUUGAUUUGUGACAGUACCCACUGGUACGUCGUACCAGUACCUGUGACGAAAUGAGACGUGGUACGAUAGAAUUUUUGCUGUGAUUGAAGCAGUAAAAAACAAAUGUUGUAUUCAUUCACACUUUUAAAAUGCUCAGAAAAGCGUUAAAAUAAUGUUUUAAAAUGUCUAAAUUAAAAAAUAAAUAAAAAAAAGCCUCCUGGGAGGUCACAGUACCGGAAUCUCUCUUCUUUUUUUACAUAUUAAGCAUUGGGUGUGGUAAUACGGUUACAAAAGCAGAUCUGCUCAGUUUGAAUGAAACUGCUGAAGUGAAACAUCUUAUUUUCCCCAGAAAUAAUUCUGAAAUACUAAGGUACUAUUAUGUUAGUGGAGUCUUUUUGUAACUUCUCGUGUACGAAUUUUAUGUUUAACCAUUGCAAUACCGAAGGGGUGGGGGUGUACUUUGUGCCCACCUUUUGAAAAUAUCAGAAUCUAGACAUGUACUACAUAUUUUAAAAUUUUGAAAAAAGUAAUAAUUUUUUAUACUAGAUUUUGUAAAUGUUUUAAUUCUGUUGGUAGUUAAUUCUGGGUAGUGACUUCACAACAAAUGUCAUGUUUAUAUUUUAAGGUUCAGGACCCUUCUUACACAUCAGUAUAUAUUUAAAAAGUGUGUUAUGAAUAAAAGUUAAUGACAUUCUUUUUUAAAAAAAAUUCUUUAUUGUUUUUGUAAAGUCCCAUUCCCCUUUGUGCACACAUUAUUGAAAAUGCCUCGGUAUUCCUAAGACCGGGCUAAAUGAUGUUUUCAGGUCCUGGACCCUGCUUAUGUUGUCAGUACCUAGUUAAAAAGUAUGUUGUCAAUAAUAGUUAACAAUUUUUUUGCAUAAAGUACCCCCCUGCUCUCUUCUUGGUAGUUGUGUUAUGGAAAAUGUGUUGGUAUUGCUGGGGUUAUGGGGAAAAGUGACAAAACUGUGAAUGCUCUGCUGGUAUUUAUUUCCUUUACAAACUGAUUUUUCACAUAAUACCAUUGUAAACUAGAAACUUGUUUCUGUAAUAAAUAAACGCCAGUAAAAGAUUCAAAAUGUUGUCAGCCAUUCUUAAAUUAUUAAUUGUUUGGAAUAUGAUGAUGUUUUAUAGCAUCCCUGUUAUGUGACAUUUGUUAUAUUUUGCAAAUUUAACAUUUAUUACCUGGUACUACAGUUAACAGCUUAGUUAAACUGUAUUGUAACCACCUAACUGUCUUAAUUUUGGUAAUAGUCUACCUGGCAAAUUACUUGCAUUGUUGUGAAGGUAAUAAAAAUGAAAGACAAAUAUACUACUAUAUGUUAACAA